CGCAGCCAGAAGCCUCCGUGUAUCUCCCCUGUCCCUUGCAGACAUGUAAUGUGUAGGGCAAAUCUGUCCUGCCAGGAAACUGAUGAUUUACUCCAUGGAACCUUCAUUCAUGGCUUGCGUUUCCUUUUAUCUGUUGUAAAAAAAACCCCUCUUGUUAUCGGGAGCGAGGCGACAUUGGCCACCAUGGAGUAUUUAGACUCAGUGGGAUAUUUAAUCAUCACUUUUAACUACAAUGUUACUGCAAUUGGGAAGGUCUGGCUCACAUUAAUGCUUUUGCUGAGGAUGGCUAUGGUGUUAUUUGCCGGAUACCCUCUUUAUCAAGACGAGCAGGAGCGUUUUAUCUGCAACACCUUACAGCCCGGCUGCUCCAAUGUCUGCUACGACAUCUUCUCCCCUGUGUCCCACAUGAGAUUUUGGCUUUUCCAGACCAUGAUAGUCUUUCUACCCUACGCUAUGUUCGCUGUUCACAUUUUGCACCGAGUGGUUGGCUACAUGGCACCAACAAAUGAUCACUUCCGGAAAAGCAACACCCCGACUUAUCAUGGCGUGGGCUUACAGAUGGAGAUACCUGAUUUUUCCUUGGCGUAUAUAGUCCAAUUACUUCUGAGAACUCUUCUAGAGGCUGGUUUCUGCACGGGGCAGUAUUUUCUCUUUGGGAUAUUAGUUCCAAAGAGAUUCAGCUGUUCUCAGGCCCCCUGCACCAGCAGUGUUGAUUGUUACAUCUCUAGACCCACUGAAAAGUCUCUCAUGAUGAUCUUUAUCUGGGGGACAGGAGUGAUAUCUCUCAUACUUGGGCUGGUGGACCUCAUUUACGUAAUCCAUCGGCGAAGGCGCUCCGAGCGCCUAAAGAGAGAACUGCUUCUGCUGGAAAACGACUCCCUAAAAGGUGGCUGCUGUUCUGAUUCACCUCCAAAUUCAAACUUGCACGGCGCUCCGGAGCCAAUGGCCUUGUACGCUGAUUCUGCUUCCAAUGAUCUUGAAAAAAUAGAGGAGAAAAUUAAGGGCGACUCCCAUUCUCUGCCAUCGUAUGAAGGGGAAACGGCUUCUUUUCAGACAGAAAGUUCUCACCAUGAUGUGGGAAAGUCCAACAUGAACACCAACAGCAAUAAAUCAUGUUCUUGGCAAGUCAGCCUGACUUCUGCCGACGGCAAACCCACCAAGAGUGAUCACCACUUGGUCACCCCAAGGCAGCUCAAACCAAAGCAGGAGAAUUGCAGCAGCUCUAAUCUGGGAAUACUCAGCCCCCCUGAAAAAUCCCCAGUGUCCAAAUCCAAGAAAUCUGAGUGGGUUUAAUGAGUGGGUAAAUGUUGGCAUUGUUUUGUGAUUGAUGUUUCAGAGUCUAAACGCUCAGUGUUUAUAGUUAGAGUUUUGUCCUGUUUUAGCAAUGUGUUUUGGUUAUAGAACAUUUUCAUAAACAUUAUUAAUAUUAUAACAUUUAGAAAAA